UCUUCGAAGAACUUUUUGAAGAUCGCUAACUUUCGGCUAGCUCGUAAUUUGUCGAGUGGCCAGAAAGAUCUUGUUGUAAUCGGCUCUGGUCCUGGUGGUUAUGUAGCAGCAAUCAAAGCAGCUCAAUUGGGUAUGAAGACUGUUUGUGUUGAAAAGUACCCUACAUUUGGUGGUACUUGUCUCAACGUCGGUUGCAUCCCGAGCAAGUCCUUGUUAAACAAUUCUCACUACUAUCACAUGUGUCAUACUGCGGAUAUGGAAUCCCGUGGCAUCGAUUUGGGCAAUGUCAAGUUGAACCUAGAGAACAUGAUGGCUGCUAAGAAAAAGGCAGUUUCUGCCUUAACUGGAGGCAUUGCUCAUCUCUUUAAAGCUAAUCAGGUUCUUCAAGGAGUCGGUUCAAUUAGUAAACCAAAUGAAGUCAUCGUCACUAAACCAGAUGGAAGUGUUGAAGUUAUUAACACUAAAAACAUUCUCAUUGCUACCGGCAGUGAUGUUACCCACUUUCCCGGAAUAACCAUCGAUGAAAAGCACUUUAUCACCAGCACUGGAGCUCUUUCCUUGGAUAGAGUUCCUGAACACCUAGUUGUCAUCGGAGCAGGUGUGAUUGGAGUAGAAAUGGGUUCGGUCUGGAAACGUCUUGGCGCCAAAGUAACCGUUGUCGAGUAUCUCGGUCAUAUCGGUGGAAUGGGUAUUGACAUGGAAAUCAGUAAGCAAUUUGGAAAAAUCCUCACAAAGCAAGGAUUGGCCUUCAAAUUAAACACCAAAGUUAUCUCUGCUGAUCGUAAUGGGGAAACCAUAACUGUCUCCAUUGAAGGUGUCAAGGAUGGGAAAAAAGAUGCGAUAUCUUGUGAUACCGUCCUGGUAGCCAUCGGCCGUCGCCCAUAUACGACUGGUUUGGGCCUGGAAAAUGUCGGAAUUCAGCUUGACAAGUAUGGUCGUGUUCCUGUAAAUAACCGCUUCCAGACAUCUGUUGCCAAUAUCUAUGCCAUUGGUGAUGUGAUCGAGGGGCCAAUGUUGGCUCACAAAGCUGAAGAUGAGGGGAUUAUCUGCGUUGAAGGAAUGUGUGGUGGUAGUGUACAUAUUGACUACAAUUGUGUGCCCAGUGUCAUCUAUACCCAUCCUGAGUGCGCUUGGGUUGGCAAGACUGAGGAGGAUCUUAAAGCCGCCGGCAUUGAAUAUAAAGUCGGUAGGUUCCCAAUGUCUGCCAACUCACGCGCUAAGUGCAACAACGAGUCAGAGGGUCUUUUCAAAGUCCUUGCUGACAAAAAUACCGAUAAAAUUCUUGGUAUCCACUUGCUCGGUCCACAAGCUGGUGAACUCAUCAACGAGGGUGUUCUCGCUAUGGAGUACGGUGCUUCGGCUGAGGAUGUCGCUCGUGUCUGCCAUGCUCAUCCUACCGUCAGUGAAGCCCUUCGUGAAGCCAACACAGCAGCUUCUUUCGGCAAGGCAAUCAACUGUUAA